AUGACCUCACCAGUUAAAGGAGACCACCAAGCCCCCACGCUAUCCACGGAACCUCAAACCAACCCUUCUUGCACUCUCCUCGACCUUGCACCCAAGCUCCAACUUAGGAUUUUCGAAACCCUCGAUCAAGGAACCUCCAUACUACUCGGCCUAACGUGCAAAAGGUUAUACAGCAUCCAUCGCGGUAUCUACAAAUUCCCGACCAACCUCAUGACCAGCAUCGAUUACCAAGACGAACCAAGCUAUAAUGGUCACUCGGGACGCUACUACUUAAUCAACUACCUCGUCGACUGGUUUCCUAUUGAAUCCUCAAAUAUCGCUGAAGCCUACAAGGAACCGUUUUCUAUUCUCCCCAUAAAAUCGAUUUACAGUCCUCCCCCGGGAGUUGAAAAUCGUUCUGUUGUGGUGAGGUUGGAGAGAUGGAAGAGAGACUUCGCCAAUAUACGAUUUCAUUAUCUGCCAACUGUCCCCAGAUUCUCAGACGUUAAGAUUCUGAGACGAGUUACGCAGGAUAUGCUGUUGCGGUGA